UCUUCAUUCUCUUCUUCAGUCCUUGACGGACAUCUUGUAAUAUUUGCCCUGGAGGUUUUCAGUUAUUCCCAUCCUCUUUUAUCGCAGCUAGUGUCUAAGAACCGAAACGAUUUAUAUAUCUUGUUAGUCGAGAUUCUUCGGCUAUUUUCGCUACCCCUAUCAGUAUCUAUAUAUUAGGUAUUCUCACGUUCCAUACACGCCUCAUGCACCUUGAGGAUCUCCUGUAAUCGACGAUGUCUGAAAGAAGGUGCCCAGUGGCCCCUGGGGCGACUGGUAGACUGUGUCCUAUGUCUUCAAGGCCUGGUAGCAAGUUGGGUCCCCGAGGGUGCACCUUCUCAGGGUUUGCUCAACCUGGCGAUCUUCACGCAGCAUUUGACAUUCCAAUGCAUAUUAACCCGGUGCACCAUCUUCGUCAAAGGGACCGAAAAGCCAUCAAUGAUAUUCUCUACUCUAGUGGGCCCUCUAUGCGCCAAAUUAAGGAGAUGCAGAAUUCCACUGGCACAAAGAGCCUCGACUCACUCAAUGCCAGCGACCAGGAUUUGCUCGCCAUUGCCCUAGGGGCGCCCGCUCGCCAAGUACUCCUGAGAGCAGAAGAAAUUGGCCCUCAGACUGGAUGGCGCGAUGGCUAUCUUAGUACUGAAUACGGCUUCUGUCCUCCGGAUACCACAGAAGCUGUGGGCGCUUUACGAAACUCCCCCGGCCGUGUUUGGUCCGACCUUUGUGAGAGAAUGCCAGGCUGCGUAGCACGUGGCCGAGUACGCGAGUCUAUUGCUGCGCUGCAUUUAGUCCAGGGAACCGCCGAUAUCAUUCCAGACAAGGCACUCUGGGCCGCUUUAGUUGCUCUGGGCAUGCUUUGCUCGAUUUGGAGAUAUGAAGAAAAUAAUAAUGGGACUGAAGGCAUCAACGUUCCACCACGAUCACCGAAGUUGGACAAUGUUGACAUGAGCGACGAUCUCGGCGACGAAGUUAGAGGUAUCGCUCGAAGCAUCGGCCUUCCUUACGUCCAGAUCUGUAUCCGUAUGGGCCGUUCAAUACCCCAUCUCACAUUCUUCGAUCAGUCUUCAUACAACAUUACCAUCCGCGACCCACUCUCCACGUAUCCAUAUGUAGGCCGCUUCGACAACAUGGAUCUUCGGUGGCCUAUGUUCGGCGAUUCAGCGGAAAGAGCUUUUCUAAAAGGAGUCGCAGAGACAGAUUUGAGUUUCCAGCACGGAGUAGACGCAAUCGCUUCCUGCCAAGAACAUGUCAUGAUGAAAAACAAGCAGGGACUUCUUGAAGAACUCAUUCGAUUAAAAGAGAUAUUGGAGCGCAUGCCCACUGCUUUCAAUUCCAUUUCACUAAACAGUCGCGCUGGCGAGAACUACAUCUGCCCAGCGGAAUGGGUGCGAUGGGCUAAAUUCUCCGCCCCUCUGUCAAAGCGAUGCCCCGCAACUUCCGGACUCCAAUUUCCACCAUUCUUACUGAUGGACGCAUUUUUAGGACGGACUAAUUAUUCUUCAUUUCUUGGCGAAGAAGGCACACAUCUACGCGCCUGGCUUCCGUCAAAUUUAAGAGCAUUCAUCGCUGCAGUGGAAAACUAUUACCAGAUCCCAGCUUUCGUUAAAGCAUCGGGAGACCCGAGAUUGAUUGGUGUAUUCGAUGGAGUUGUGGAAGCCUACACUGGAGAACGAGGCUUCAUGGGAGCGCAUCGGUAUAAAGUCUUCGGCCUUCUUGAGGUCGCCGGGAAGACGGGACGUACAGAGACGAAUGGAAACACUGGCGGGACUGACAUGGGUACUAAAGAUGUGAUGAGACCUUGGGAAGAGACUCACCAAGCAUUCUCAGAUGCAAUGAAAGAACGCCUAGAGCCACACCGAGGCAAGCUCGAUGUCCAACCUCAGGAAUUACGAGGUACAUUUGCUGAGUGUCGGUACAAGGGUAAGCUGUUGAGCAGAAACUUUGUUGACACAGAUCCGUCUCGCUCAACCGCCAUGGUCACCCUGGAUAUUCACGAUACAGGCAUCACCUUUCAACCGGGUGAUCGACUCGCGAUGAUGCCACUAAACAGCUGGAGUGAAUGUGCCAAAGUCGCAGCAGCUCUGGGACUCGAUGACAUGCUCGAAGAUGCCGCUACUUUGGAUCGCCAAUGGAUGCGUUUUGCUGACCACUUGGGUGCUAUUUCCCUGUCAACGAAGCCUCAACUUCGAGUAAUCGACAUUCUCCGACGAGGACAUCUUGCACCUCUCACUUCUCAACUUGUCAUGAAGCUUCACAACUUGCUUCGAGCCUCGUCGAACACUAUUCUACAAGUUUUGGCGACGGAUGAGUGGCCUGUUCGGGCGUCACUAGGCGACCUACUGCAAGCGGCUAUAAAGGAUACAUCUCCAAGAGUCUGGGAUCAGGCGUUCGCCUUGGACGGCAACCUAGCUUGGCUUACAGACCUGAUCUCGGUUGAAGUUCCCCGAACAUACAGCAUCUCCACAUAUUCUGAAGAACUCCUUCCAAGCACCGUGGACCUAACAAUUUCUCGAUCAGACUACCAAUUGAGCUCCACUUUUGCUGGAAACUCGAAAAUCAUGCGCCAUGGAGUCAGCAGUGGCUUCAUGAACCCGCUUGUGGGCGAGGAGAUGGAUGUACUCGACGAUGAUGAUUUACUUAUUGGAGUGUCCCGGCCCUUUGCUUUCCAGCUACCUGUUGACGACACCUCUCCAGUAACAAUGUUCGCUGGAGGUAGUGGUAUUGCUCCUUUCCGAAGUUUUUGGCAAUGUCGAGCCGGACGAUCAUUCGGCAAGAUGAGCCUAUACCUUGGUGUGCAAUCGAGAGAAAAAUUUUGUUACGAGGAUGAGCUUCGACAGUACGUCAACGAAGGAUUCAUGGAAGUUCACACUGCAUUCUCGCGCGAUUCACGGGGGCUUGUUUAUGAUCCUGUUCAACAAGAUCUCGUGGAAAGGGAAAUCUCGCCACGUUACAUUGACGCUUUGAUUGUGGAGCAUGGCUCGGCAAUUUGUGACAUGGUAAUGUCAAAGCAGCAAGGAGGUCUCGGCGGUUAUUUAUACGUAUGCGGGUCGGUGGAGGUCUUUGACUCCGUCAUGUCUGGCAUCCGCCGUGCAAUUUACAACCACGUUACCAGCACCAUGGAUUCCACCGACAUGAUCCUCAAUACGGCAUUUGCGGAGCGUCGCUUCAUGCUAGACAUAUUCAUGACUCCUAAGUCCCUUCCUUGCAACACCCCUACAAUCUCGCUUUCACAGCUCGCCCUACACACGGGGCAUCGGCCGAACACUCGCCUCUGGAUCGGAGUUCACGGGAAAGUAUAUGAUGUCACUGAUUUCUGCCCUAUGCACCCUGGAGGAACAGAUAUCAUCAAAUCUAAUGCUGGUGUUGACUGCUCAAAGUCGUUCGACCUACUUGCGCACACCAAUAACCCGGAAGUGGCUUCUUUGCUCAACAAAUACUUCAUUGGCGAACUAAGGGUCAAGCCUACCUUUUCUCACUUGGAAGACCUUAGCAUGCUCUACGACCUCUGGAAUAGCUUCCUCCGUGUCGCGACCGAAACAGUUGUCGCAUCCCAUUUCGAAGUGGGAAUGAUUGUAGGAUCGCCAGAUGUGUGGUUCCAGGGAGACUUGUUUAACAUGGGUGGCGUCCGUCGAUUCUACCACUACCAGUCAAGACUUCUUCAAAGUGGUUUCUCAGCGCUGUUCGGUGCGAAGCUCCAGGAAUUGUACCUCAAAAUAUCGUUCAUCCUCGCAAAUUCUUCCCCGUCUACAGGCUCGACUCGGCUUCCCGAUGUCCUCGGCAUCAUCGCCCGUGCCAAGGGCUCGAACGACGCAGUGGCCGCGUGCAAUGAGAUCUCGCAGAUCGGACAGUUUACUGCGAACAGCGAAGCUGCUCGAUUCCAUGAGAAAGGGAUUAGGGCGUAUGCGAGUAAGUCGGUGGAAUUCGACAUGGAGUUUCUCGAGGACAUCCGUACCGAUGCAUGCAAUGGCAUGGACGCAUUUGACAGUAUCUUGGAUCUAGAAGCCCAAUCGGAGACGCAACGAGUUGCCGCGCUCUCAACGUUCCUAAUGCAAAUCCUUGAGCGCAUGGCAAACCGACUCGCAGCCUUCUACGCGAAGCUAGCACGCUAUUCUGUCUUCCAGCCGGAAAUGGAGGUGCAUCCCGCACGAACUAGAUGGAAUAUCCUGAGACACAAGAUACGUGAUGGCACCUUCUUCAUCCUCGCGGCUGAAAUCCCAAUGGGAUCUCCCCCGAGGUACGCCAACAAUCGUGCCCACGAGGCCGUGGACUUUGAACAUGUCAUCCGCGAUAUCCAACAUGUCAUCGACAGUUCCCCGCGCUCCAACCCUCGCCCUCGAAACCUGACUCUUGCAGAACAGCACGCUGCCCGAUCCGAAAUGAAGCCCAGCGAUACGUCAGCAUACGAAAUACAGCAAAGUGGAACAGCGCUGAAAGCUAUGUCAACAUUCAUAGACAAUAACAAACGCGCCAUCCGCCGUCUCAGCCGAGUUCCUCAAGCCCUGGAUCUCGAGCAACUUAUGCAGGUGUACAGCCCUAUUGCAGAAGACCGACAGCAACACGGCAUCCAGACGCCACCACACAGUCGCUCCUCUAGCCGCUCACCCUCGAGAAUCGCAGCUAUGCCAACGCUAGUCCGGCGUUCAACAACAUCGGGUUCAACAUACCCUGUGCAAAUGCAUAUGCAAUUGCAGGGCUUACAACGUCGGCGUAAUACGGCGACUUCUGAACCGGGUCGUCACACGCCCACACCAACAACCACGUCUCUCACUCCUGCAGCGGCUAUUUCAGGACUCCUGACAAAGCUGAAUACCCGACCGAAAGCUCCUAACGCACCUGGAGGUCUUCCCACUCCUCCGUUGAGUGGCGAUGGGGCUCCUGAUCAGGCGCGUUUGAUGCAGAUGUUCGCAGCUGCAAAGACGGGCAUUGCGAAUGGUGCUCCCACCCCAGAUGCGAGUCACUCGCGAACCAAGAGCACAACUGGGAGUUUGAGAGCGUUCAGACUGCAAGCGAGUGCUCUAACUGGGGGAUUGAAUCGAAGGGACGGGAGCAUUGGGUCGUAGCGGUGAUGAUGAU